UAUAUUAAUUGAAAAAGUAUUCCUAAGGCAGCAUGGAGAAUAAAAUGAUCUGAUAAUACCGACUUGCUUUGAAAGGUGUAAUGGGAUAUAUGCCAUUACGGCUUUGAUUUUGGAAUUCAGAUUAUAGAGAACGGAAUUUAAUAAUUAAAUUAUUUCGAAUAUUUUUCUCAUUUUAACACGUCUGUUAUAUAAUCUACAACGAAUAUCAAUUCUUAAGCAGGAAAGAAUAAGCACACAUCGUAAAACUUUAUCAUAGAGUAGAAAAGGUGUAAUUUAAGUUUAGAAAUGGUGGCAGUACGUAUAGCGAUUUUCCUUCAGACGUUAUGCACGUAUUCCCAGAUUGCUAUAUUACUAGUACAUAUGCCCUCUAUACUAGGAUUGCCAUAUCUUAACGAUGGGACAAGCAUUCAACAGCUCUACAGUGAUGGCGUCUUAAACGGUGAUACUGACAUAUCCGAUAGGCUGUUUCCUAGAUAUAAUGAUCAACAGGAUACAUUUGAUGCAUACGGACAAACGUUAGGUAAUAACAUGGAUUGGCCUUUGGACUCGAAUGAGGUCGAAAAUGAAAUCAUAUCACAACUGGAUGGCUCUAAACAGAAUGAAAACGAUUAUAAACGCAGUGUUAACCGUGAUGUCUUAGAUAAACUCGUUGGUGCACGGGCAAAGAGAUUUGGAUAUUCCUACCACCCAUAUCUUAUAUCCCCUAGGCCGAUGACUCGUGCACGGAAUUGGAAUGACCCUUCGAAAUUAUGGAUGACGUCUGGUGACAACGAUUUUGCCAAGGUUAAACGACGGUUUGCUUUCUCUGCUCUGAGAGGAAGAUAGAUUUCUUUCACCGAGCAAGAACUCCAUCGUUGCAAAACACAGAUGUUUCAAUUAUGUUAACGCAAAGCAAAUGUACAACAGACGACAUAUUUGAAAUUAAUCAUGUGUCCUAUCUUGUGAUUACAUAAAUGGUGUGUACAUCAUCACGUUAUAAUGCCAAACACAUAUUGUUAAACACCAAUUACAUUGUUCAAGAACACAAACACAUAUGUUUUCUUUGCUGGCUUUAUUCGACUUCGAAUACUUAUAUAUCCAAAUGUAAUCAUUUUAAAGAAGAGAUACACACUAUUUUUGGGUUGUCUUGUUGAUGAGUACACCAAUUCAAUGUGCAUAUUAAAAGUAUUUAAAGUCGACUAUGUUAGUUCAGAAACCAAAACUCAAUUGUAUGGCGUUAUCAACUAUACAAAGUGCAAAUAUAUGAAAAAUCUGCUACAUUCAUUUUUUUAACUAUUCUUGCCCAACGCAAUUAUCAACUGCGAACAUUCAAUGAACAAUAUAAUUGAAAUUAAUAGGACAAUCCAAGUCGUCUUAAGCUAGAAUAAGUCUGUUUAUGGGUACAAGGUACUAGUACUAAGGUCCAACACACACUGAACGACAGACACAUGCAUUGACGUCUAUAUAUCUAUAAAUUUGGAGUAACCUCCAUGGACCGGUGAGAAAAACAAAAGCACACAGGGAACAUGUAUUGAUAAAUGUUGUGCUUAUAAAUCCGUGGAUAAAUAUUCACCAAUAGGCAAAAAUCUGUAUCAACAGUAUCGGAGUUAAAAUCAUUAGUUAGCAUGCAUAAACACUUUUGUAAUAUAGGUGAAUUAUGGAGUUGAGCAUUUUUGACGAACAAAGAUUUUAUCCGAUUUUUAAUCAAAGAGCAAUGGCAUUUUUCAGGAAAAUAUCUCUACUUGAAAACUUUUUUUUUGUAUCAAAAUAUUCAAGACAUCCAGAUGACAAAGUCUGGAGGCUUUUGCUUCUAUUUUAAGAAAGUUAUUUUCUUAUUGAUUUUUCUGUACCCAGAAAAUGAAUGUUGUUAAAUACGUUACACCAUUUCAUUGAAUAUGUUUUUUCUUUAUUUUUUCAACAGAAUUUAUAUCAUCGAGAAAUCACAAAAAACACACAA